AUUGUUUAUCGUCUACUUACAAAAUAUUCGUUUAGUUCUUGACGUUUGUUCGAAGUGAUUACAAUAUUUUAGCGACAAAUUUGGUACUGCUUAAAAGCCUAUAGAAGGUGAGGAAAAUUAAAUUAGUGAUAUUUACAUUUUCAUUUACCUAUAAUAUAAUAUUUAAAUAACUAGCUAAACUUUUUGAUAAAAAACUACAUGGUUUUUGUAAUAUAUAUGAAAUUUUGUUUUAGUUUUUUAAAAAAGUAGAAUGGCAAUCUAUAUUAGAUAUUAUACCUAUAAUUAUAUAAAUUCUCUUCAUCAUCGUCAUAAUAUGGCUUCAUAGCUCUAAGAGUUUUCACCACCACUGUUAAUGCUCUCCAACUGCCACGGUUCUGGAACAUCUUCCCAAUUUGUAGUUUCUAAUCAAGGUCUUGUCGUUACCAUCUAUCCAUCGUUCUUUGACCCUCUUUUCUUCUGGUUGCCAUUCAAUAGUUGUUCUCUUUGUUUGUUAUCUCCCUUCGUUUUACGUGCCCAAACCACUUUAGUCUCUGUCUCUUCAUAGUUCACAUAACUGAAUACAAAUCUGGAUUCCAGAUUUAUACAUUCUAGGUUAUUAUACACUAAUUUUAACUAAGUUAAAAGUCAUAUCCAUUUGUCAACUUUUUUGCUUGUGAAACCGCGAAUAUUGGUUUACCAUACUAUAUAUCGCAUACAUAUUACUUAAACUAAAACACGAACACGUUUUAACGGAGCUAUAUAAAUAUACAUAUUAAGGUGGUUCUUAUUUGGGUGAUGGUAGAAUUUCUUUUUGGACCCCCUAACUUUGUUCUAAAAAAAUAAAAUUAUUUCAAGAAUUAUAUGCCACUUUCUUUCUAUUAACUGUAUGUAUAGUGGCAUAUAAUUCUUGAAAUAAUUUUCUUUUUUUUUUUCAUAUACAAUUCUCGAUGAUUUCCCCGCAAAAAAAAAAUUGUAAGUCAAUUUGUUAUGCUUGUAUAAACAAAAUUCAGAGUAAACGAAAAAACCAAUGUACUUUAAACGGGAGACUUUACUUCGUUACAGGAGGACGAAAGAAUUGUCCUAGGGAGCUCAAAUUGAGCUCAAAAUGUUUAAUUUUUUUUAGAACAAUGUUAGGAGGCGUCCAAAAAGAAAUUGCACUAUAAGAACUACCCACAACAUAUAUAUAUAUAUAUAAUAUAUAAUUAUUAUUUUAAGAAUAACUAAAUUAAUCUUUAAAGAAUCAAAUUUCUACCGAAUAUAUCUAACGUAAUAAAAUCUACCUACGAGAAUAAUAUUCUCGUUAGUAUUACCCGUAUUUUUUUUCCCCUACAAAACUUUCCUCUAUAGUUGUGUAGUUGUGUAUGGAGUGACAUUGCAUGUUAUAAAUCGCUCGUAUUUAAUAAUUCAACGGCCUUUGACCAUGUAGGGAAGGAAAAAAACGCGAGCUUAAUAACGGUAUACCUUAUACUUUACCUGGUUAUCUAUAGUAUACGCCGUCGUCGUCGUCAUACCUAUAUCUACGGCAUGAACUUCGACGACUAUUAGUCUAUAUUUCACCGCUACCUAUAUACAAAUAUACAAGGUGUUCCACAUUGUGUUCCUGAUGCUAAUACCCUGUAAAUUCAAUUUUUAAAUUUUUUUCAAAUGGAUAUUGUAUGACCAUAAUAUUUUUAAGAAAAACCAAAUUUGUAUUUUUACUCCUUAAUCAUUAAAAAAAAAAAAAUACUUUUUAUUUUUACACUUUUCAAAAUUUUCAAAAUAGCCACUUUAGCACUUUGUUACAGAUAUUAUUCAACAAUUCUACAAAUUUGAAUACAUAUCGUCAUAUAUAGGUAUUAUAUUAUACGUACAUAUCCGAUAAAUAGUUAUUUUCUUAGUAAUAGCUGUUUUCGUUUAUAGAGAAGGGGUCAUAGGCCGUUAUACAAGUGCAGCCAAUGCAGUCUGUGCUGCGUUGUUUGUAAGGAAAAUGUUAUUAAAUUAAAUACACAUACGUGUAUAGAAAUUAAGUAAAUUAAUUAUGCUGCGCUUGGAGCUAAAUCUCGGAGCUGCCUAUGGAAGAGGUGUAAAUUACUUCUAUUCCGUUUUUACUAUAGUACCUACUGGACUUGUGAUUUGUUAUCGCGUAAAGGUACGCUAUUUUCACUUAUGCAAACGCCCGAUCAUAGAUAACAGAAAGAUACACAAACGAGUCCGCUGAAAUAGUGGUUUCGUUGCACAGCACGCUCUCUGGUGGCUAUGCUUUCUGCUAUCUAUGGUAAAACUGUACAAGUGCAACACUAUGCUGCUAUAUCACUCGACAAGAAGAUCGAGAGGGCAAAAUUCAGCGGCCAAUCAGAACGCCAUUUUGUGAAUAGCUGGCAUUCUUGAUAUUUAUCUUUGUUCUAAUUUAGAUUCUAGAAGAACCAAUUUUUGUAUAUGAAAUCGAGGGGCUCUGACUCUAAACUCGUAACUGCUAAUAUUAACCAUUGAUUUUAUAAUUGUUCAUUCAAAAAUCAAUGCUAAUAACCUAUUGAAUACAAAUGUUUUCAUCUGGAAAUCAAAACUAAUCAUCCAAACGCAUGUACGGCCCCAAUAGGUAUCUAUUACAAGAUGGAUAUUUUGAACAUUAUAAAAAAUGGUCAGAUUUUUUUUCUAGUGGUUAAAGGAUGAAAAUAAAAAUUCUAAUUUUCUCUAAAUAUAUAUUAUACUCACACAAAAUCCAAUUGAAAAAUAAAAUAAAAUUGAAUAUUUACAAAUAUAUGGGCAUCAGAAAAACACGAUGGGACACCCUGUAUACGCCAGGUUCCUGUUGUCGGCUAAUAACCGUGUGCAAUAAUAAGGACUUGGAUUGUGUGUGUGUGUGGCGUUUUCGCCAAUGCCAUGUAGGUACCUACCUCUUAUAUUAUAGUCUGUCCAUCACGCACAGCAUACGUAUUUUUUAUUUCCAAUAGGAACUGCAUUAUUAUUAUUAUUAUUACUAUUAUUAUGGGGAAUGACACCAGGUACACAACAAACUAGGUAUAUUAUAAUAAUAACAAUAUUACGUGUUCGCAAAGUACCAAAACCGGUAAAAUUAUCGCGUAUUACCGACCGCGAACGGAAACUAUAUUAUCCUCUCCCCCAUAUACGCUCGGGUAUAAUAACCGGUCAUUAUUAUACACGCGCAUUAUAUUACCUACCUACCAUAAUGAUAUUAAUUUUUACGCACACCCGGUUCACCAUUAGCGCACUUAGGAUUUUGCCAAGGAGGAAGAUAUUGAAUUUGGAUACUGUGUCGUAUUCUAGAGUGGUAUACAUUAUUAUUGCUCUUUAAAGUAAAUUGUUAUGAGCUCUUGUAUAUAUAUAUAUAUAUAAAUAUAUUAAAAAAAAAAGCUGAUACUGGGGACGGAUGUGGCCACUGUUGUAGGUGGAUAUAGUCGAGAGGGUGGGAUGCAUAAAGUUAUUUAAUUUAUACAUGUAACCAGCGAUAAACCAUUGAUAACGAAAAACGAUUCGGAUGGAAUUUCGGUUAUACGUGUAGAUAUUUUGAAAUAUAAUUAUGAAUAUAAAAAAAUAUGUUUUGUAAUAUUUACGAUUUUCGUCAAAAUUUGAUUUUAAACUUAGAAAAACAAAGAAAACUAUAUUUAACUCAAUUUUUUUUUUUUUUUUUGACAACCAAGUAUGACUUAUAAUGAACCUCCUGACAAAUUUUCAAGCAUUCAUGACAAUUUGUAUAGCAUUUCUAACAAUUUUAUCUACAGAGUACCUACUAAAUAAAAAUUACGUAAAAAAAAAAUUGCAAAAUUAAAAUGGCUCAAAUGUUUGAAAAUGUUACCAAGUCUAGUAAAAGCAAAUAUAAGUUUUCUGACAACAUUUCAUGACUCUACGAAUAUUUUUAACUGAAUUACAUUAAAAAAACAACAUUGAAAAUAAUUAAAUAAUAAUUUUCGUAAGCUUUCUCGUUCUUUUUACGUAUUUUUCGAUUUUGCUCAAUCAGUGAAAAAAAAAAUACUAAGAUAAUAAAAAAAAGACUUGUUUAGUCACUCAUUAUAAAUUAAAAAUUCAACAAAAAAAGAAUUCCUAUUGGUUUUUCUACUAGAGUAAUAUUUCUGAUAGAAAAUGGAAAGCGUAAAAAUUGAAAAAAAAUGAAAUCGUUACACCCUAAAUUUGUCAGUUUUCAUUUUACAUUUUUAGAUUCAAAGUGUCGCGAGUGGAAAAAAAAGGUUAGACUAAACAGAGAUGCUUGAUAAUUUGACAAGAUAUUCAUUACAAGUCAUAUUUAGUUGUGAAAAAAAAAAAUACACUUCCCUAAAUUUGUCAGUAAAAACUAUUUUGCGCGUGCAAGAACCAUCACUCGGACAAAUAGCAACUAACAUGAUGUUUGGAUGGAAAUAGUAAUAAUCACUGCAAUUCGCGUACUAUUUUUAAUUUUAGUUUUAUAAAAUUUAUUUGGCCCAAAAAAAUACUCAUAAAUUUUAAAUGAAAAUUUGACGAACAAUUGUAAUAGUAUUGGUUAUCUGUAUUGGGUAGUUUAUUUUAGAUUCUGACCGUAGCAAGACAUGUAUUUGUUUUACUAUGAUGUAUUUUUUUCGCGGUAUAGUUUUCUUAAUCCUAAGGCCCGGCGUCCACCAAAGUAACGCGACUCGUGAUAUGACAAGUGACGUGACGAGUGAUUCAGCAAGAUUUUUUCCCAAUAAAUUGGUCCGAAAUUUUUUAACUCUCUAGAUUUAGAUUUAAAAAAAAAAUUAAUCGAAAACCCGAAAUAUUAUUAAAAAUUGGUCAAUAUUAAAUAUUGAAUAAAAUGUUAUUUCAUUUAUAUCGUAAAAUAUUAUAUAAUAUCAUUGCUUAAUCUUAAUUCUUAUACUUUGUUCUAAUUUAAAUUUUAUUUCAAUCAACUUGUAUAAUUUGUAUACAAUUACUAAGCGUGUUGAUACUGUUAUAAUAAGCAAUCUGUAUAUUAUUGGUAUGCAAUAUUGACUCCCUACCUUCAUCACAAGCUAUGCUUAAAGAAGGUAGGUAUAAAUUUAAGAUAUAUUGUAUUGUUAUUGUAUUUAUAAUGUGUACAAUUAAUCUUUUAUUUAAAAAAAAAAUAAAUUAUUAUAAUUAUAUGUAAGUAAAUAUAUUUGUAAAUUGUCCAUUAGGGGGGGGGUGAACCCCCUAACCCCGUCCCCGUAAGCAUGACCCUGUAUAUUUUCUAUAUUAUGUUAGUAUAAUUAUUAUGAUACAUACCUUUCCACGGUGGAGAGCUGAUGACAAGUGACAAAAGUAGAACAUGCAGUACUUUUGUCAUCAACAACGUUUCAGAAGUUGGACAAAACUGAUACGCGAUCCGACAGGUUUGAUCAGUGUACGGACAUGAAUGAUUUUUGUACGUAUGCAACGACAAAUAACUUGUAUGGCAUGUCACCUGCUAAAUCACUCGUCACUUGUCAUAUCACGAGUCGCGUUACUGUGGUGGACGCCGGGCCCAAUCUGACAACACUAAUGAAAUAAUAGUAAGCCGUGCCGUACGGUUCUUAAUUAUUAUGCAAUUUAAAAUAUAUUAAAGGAAUAGUACGUUGAAUUCGGGCAACAGAGUGUUGACCAAGGGUUUACUUUUUCACAGAAAAGAUAAUAUUUUUCGGCGAUAGCUCUCUAAAAGAAAAUUUGGAGAGGGGGAAUCGUAAUACAUUUUUACCAUCUAAGACACCAUUCGAAGAAGUUACUCAUUUAGAAACAAAGAUAAGAUAAAAUUACGAAUUCCUCACUAAAUAAUGGCGUUGGUUCGAUUUUAAAACUCCAGAAUGCGAGUGCCAGGAUGACGGACCUAUUUUUGUCAAUAAUUUACAAUAGUUUAAUCUGUUCAAAAAUUAUCAUUGAAAUCAAAUUGUUGGUUACGUUAUAUAAGUAACAGUAAUUAUAAGUAAAAUAAGUUUAUUAUUUAUUAUAUUAUAGUGGUUCGAACAGAUUUCGUUUAAAUUUGUACGGUUUGAUAUACUUACGUUUAGAUUUAUUCGGUGUAUUAACAUGCUAUUGGUAGGUUAACCAACAAAAUUUUCAUUUUUCUGACUUGAAAGUAUAGAAUAUUUUGAAUUCAAAAUUUGGUAGUCCCUUAAUUAAUUAUUAGAUAUUAAAAAAAAAAAAAAAAAACUCAAGGUGAAAUGUCACAUAAAACUGCACAUGAACAUGUCUGAUUUAUUAUCAUAGUUACCAAUAAUUAGUGUACAUUUUGUACUUGGUACAUUUGAACGUAUCGUUUAUAUAAUCGAAUAUUUCCCGGUCGGUGGUAAAUAAAAUCAAACAACUUAUUACUUAACUUAGCAAUUUAUAAAGCUACGUUGAUUUUAUUAUUAUCAAUCCAUAUAUAUAUAUAAAUACAUAAUGAUAUAAAAUUAAUUUAAAAGAUGAUGUCGUUUUUGAUACAAAAAUAAUGCACUGCUUUGCAUAACUACUUGUAUGACAUAGUGAUAUUUGUGGUUCAUUAGCUUUCAUCAAAUACAAUGAUCUAUAAGUAACAUCUAUAUUAUAUUUGUUUACGAUUACAGAGGGAGUCUUUACUAAUCUACACAACUUCAGUUGCGAUUUUUCUAACGAUUAGGAUGUCAAAAUGUAAAACGGCAUAGUCAUUAAUCAACUACUCUAUAGUCUACGACGGAAUAGCCUAUGGUUGGGUUUUGUUGGUUAGAUUUCAUAGAUUAUAAUAUGACAUAUCCGUUAAAGAAAUGUCCAUAAUAAAGAAACCCCCCCCCCGAGUUUAUUACUAUGUUAUGAUAUUAUGACAGGUAACUAUAUAUAAUCCUGUAUGUGUGAAAAGAGAGUCGUCUGUUCCCUCUACAUUUGCAAAACAUAUUGCCUUUAUUAUUUAUUCAUACCAAAAUCUCGAAUAGCAGUUGUGGAGUUAUAAUAGUAACAAUAAUUAGGCUAAUAACAAUGACGCGCGAUACCUGCACCGGCGGGAAUGACGACGCAUAAGUCGGUGGCCCAAUUUUCGAAAAGAAUCCAUAAUACUGUAUAAGCUAUGAGUAGUAUGAAAAAGGGCGGUUCUAACUCGGGAUCAAGUGCCGGUGCGAGGAUCAAGUGCCAAGUGCCAAGUGCUAUACCUAAUACAUAGCCGCCCGAAUUGUCCAUCUCUUCACCUACCUAUAUUCCCCCCUCCCCCUCCCCCACUUUUUUUAAAAAUAUUUUCUAAGCCCUCCCCCUACCUAUAUUCUCCCCUCCCCUACUUUUUUUUAAAAAUAUUUUCUUCGUACUGAUUUGGCAAGAAUAUUAUAAUUUGUUUAUAUACUAUGUAGCUAUGCGAUAACAAUAGAUAUAUGGUAACAGUAGGUAUGUAUAUGUUUAUGUAUGUAUAUGGUAUCAGUAUGUAGGUAUGUAUGUAUAUGUUUAUGUAUGUAUGUAUGUGGUUAGGUAGAUGUGUGCGAGUGUGUGUGUAGUGUCGCUCAGUGAUAAGGAAGACAAAUUUGUACGAAGAAAAUAUUUUUAAAAAAAGUGGGGGAGGGGGAGGGGAGAAUAUAGGUAGGUGAUAAGAUGGACAAUUCGGGCGGCUGUGUAUUAGGUAUAGCACUCGGCACUUGCACUUGAUCCUGAGUUAGAACCGCCCUUUUCAUACUACCGCUAUGUAUAAUUAUAAAAGCGAAAAACAAAAGUAGAAUUUUUUUUUAAAAAAACCUCUAAAAAUGUAAUUUGAAUUUCGAGCCUCGUGCAAAUAUCAAAUUGCACCGAUAUUAGUAAUUAACUAUAAAAAUAUCGAGGUUCUUUGUUGACUUAUUAGACGUUACGAAGUUUAAUUAGUAGAAUUUUAUAAAAAUGUUACCCAUAUUAUAUAUAAAUAGUGAAAAAUAUAAUAUUAUAUAUCACGGCGCGGAUAAUUAUGAAACAAUAUUCAAGUAUUUUGUAUAGUUUUAAAUACAAGCAAAUUAAUUGUUGAAAAUAUUGCUAAUUGACAUGAUGACAUUUUCUACAUUGUACCGUUAUGCCAAAAGACGGUUUUCUAAAUGGCUAAAUAGGGUCCAUAAAAGUUUAACGACGGCUAUAGGGUCUACGUGGACAGGCAUAGGUACAACCUAACUUAACCAUUUAUAGAUACAGUAUUGUAUACAUGUUUGCUAAACAAGAACUAUGUAUCAUAAUGAAAUGAUAUGUAAUUAUAAUCGAUAAUAAAAUGUUCAAUAUGUGUGUAGCAUAUACAUGCACGUACGCCAUAAAACUUGAGGCGAAAUUAUAAAAAAAAAAAAAAAAAAUCAAUCCAAUAACGGUCGCCAUGCAGGGACCAAAGGUACGAUACCGUCCUUUAUUUUUGCGGUUAGUUUUUACCAAUAAAUGAUUUUGUCGUGAAAUCGUACAGGGACGCGCGGUCGGUGACACGCCGCGAAAUCGCGGUCUGCAAAACGUUGAUGCGAACGCCGCGUUUCCGAAUAAUAUUCGAAACAUUACGCUGCGCCGUACGCGGGUACCGAUUGCGUAUCGGCCGUAGUCAAAUUUCGAAAUCUAAAUUUUUUUUUUUUUUUUUUUUUGUCGGCGGCGAUUGGCCGUUGAACAGCGACGGGCGCGUUUGCUGCUGAUGUUUGAUGUCCGUCUAACGCGCACCGUCUCUCGCGGCCGCUACACGCGGUGGCGAAAUAAAAACGACCGUUGUGUAUUGGUGCCUUCGCGAAGACGUUCCCGGGCAAGCUCUUGGGAAAUCAUUGCACGACCGACGCGCGAACUUUAUAUACAUGUACGUUGCUUAACAACGAGAUUGGUUACUACCAGUUAAUGGGGUUUCUCUAGCAAAGAUUUACCUGAGUCGUUGAACAUAUAUACGUACAUACGCGCGCACACGCGCACACGCACACGCACACAGACUUAUGCACAAACAUAACGCACGCCUCUAUUCAUACAAUGGUGUGUGUGUGUGUGUGUGUGUGUGUGUGUGUCGACAAAAGUGUUCUGAAAAACCCGCAGGUGCUAUCGGAAACGUAUUUAUUAAAAUCGUUUGGGGUCCUGCGAUCCGCGUAAAACGAAACCCUAAAACAAUUUCCAAACGGUCGUCAAUAAUUGCCAAAAUUGCCAAAAUGAUUUCGAAAUUGUAUACGUGUGGAAUUGUGCAACUGCGUGCAAUUAUACGGCUAUACUGUACCUGCGUUUAUAAGUAUUCAAUGGAAUUUCUGGCUUCUACUAUUAUUUUUCACCGAGUUAAGGAAAAAGAAUGCACAACAGCAGAAACCGCGUUACUAUAUUAUAUUAAAUAUUUACUGCUACUAUCUAACGCAUUACUGGUUAAAUGUAUACAUUACUUUAUCCAUAGGUAACGGCUUAAAAAUUUCCACACGUUUGCUUUAUGAUUUUUCCCAUAGUUAAAAAUACUACAAAGAACAUCAAAAAAAAAAAAAUAACCUCCUCGUUGCACCAAAAAGAAAACGUUUUUUACUAGAAACCAUCGUCUCUAAAGUUAAUGACCGGAGCAAUAUUUCUGUUAGGAAAAUUGUUUUCAAACACAAAAAAAUAAUAAAACAUCGUGUCUGUAAAAUACGAAAUAUAACGAUAAUACGAUUCUGAGUAAAAUUCGGGUAACGUGUUUUGAAAUGACGUGAUUUUUACGAUUUUCGUAAAAAUUUAAAAGUUUAUGAAAAAAUAAUUGCAUUACGCGAGACUUAUUUGUUUUUUUUAUUUUUUUCGUUUUGUGCAACUUAUGUCGAACCGUUUAGGUAUUAAAUUUCCAAUAAUUUCAGUUCGGCCAAAAAAUUGUAUCCGCGUUUUAAACCAAUUAAAAACUAUAAAAUAUCAAAUGCCUAUAUAAAUACAUAGCAUACAUAAAAAUCUAAAACGCAUCAUAUUUUAUUAUUGCUUAAAACAUUAUGACGCCCAUUUGAAAUGUGGUACCCAACGCCAAUAUUCACCCACCCACUCCCUGACCCCUUCUAGUAAAUAUUUCCCUGGGUGUUAUAACCAAUAGUCUGUACCUAUUAUUUCGUAUCUAUGUCUAUUUAUAUAUAAAAAAAAAAAACAAACAAAAUGUACUAACUGACUAACUGAUUCAUCAUCGGUUAACACAAACCACUGGACGUAUCGGUCUGAAAUUUGGCAUACAGAUAGCUAUUUCGACGUCAACAUCCGUUAUAAACAAGGAUUUUUGAAAAUUCGACCCCUUAGGGCCAAAAGAGUACAAUUGGGUUUUUAAGGUAUUUUUGAUACGAAUAUCUAAUUGUUAAUUAAUUAAUUUUUUUUUUUUUGUUGUUUAUUCAUGGCUUAGCAUGCUAAGAUAUCAUGUCAUGAUAUGACAUAGAUGACAAUUUGAUUGUCACGGACAAGAAAACUAUUAUUAUUAUUGUUAUUAUUUACACUAUUACCUAGCAAUGGCAAAGCAUUGCCGAGUCAGCUAGUGCAGCAAACUCGUAUAUAGUCGGAAAACGUAUUGAAAAAAAAAUGUUUUGAAUACCUAUUGCUAUUGGCAAAAAAAUAUAUAAUAAACGACUAAUCAUUGGUGUCAUGCUAUACCAACACCUACAAUUUGUUUAAAAAAAUUACCUUAACAUAGGUACAUCAGUUUUCAUCAAUGCACGUGCCCGCUCAUUCCUGGCUACGGUAAUGGGUUUUGUUAUUAACGUUUUCAAUAAACAUGUCUAUUAGAGUACUGAAAAAAAAUAUAAUACAUCUCACUUAUAAUAUUAUAGCAUUCGAUAUCGGUCAACAAAAAUACAAAUAAUCUAAUAUAAUAUUACGUCUAUAUAAAUAUUAGAGGAAAAAAAUAAUUUGUCCAUUGAUACAACGGCAUCUAUCGGCAACCCGAAUAAACUAUGAGUACGGUUUACAUACAAGCUUAUCAUACAUCGCUAGAGACCAAUGGGAAAUCGAAAUAACAUAAUAUUAUCAAUAUUCAAUGUUUUCUGUGUUUUUUAAUUUUUUAAAAAUUUUAUAUAGAAAUUAAGAUACCUAUUCAAUAGUUUAUUAUUAAUUAGCACCCCAAAUAUAAUAUAAAUUACUUACAAACACAUAGUUUGUUACACAUUUGGAACACUUGAAGUUAUUCAAUUUUUUUCAAAUUAGGUAUUUGUGAUAGAUAAGAUGAUAUUUAUAUAAUAUAGAUAAUAUAGAUAAUAUUAUUUCAAGGUUAAUUUACCGAAAGAAACCCAUAUGUUCAGCUUUUCACUGUUGAAGGACUUUACUGCGGAAAAUUAAUAAUAAUUUUACGACGUCCCAAAGUCAUAACUGUUAUAACUCGACUUGCAAUAUUACAUAUCUAAUUGUGACGAACUUUUUUCAGCAAUGUUUGCACGCAAAACGAUCGUACUCUUAACGGUGCUGAUGAUGUUUGGCAUAGCCCAGGCUGGGCCGUUGGCAGCUGGGAUAUGUUAUGCCGGUUGCGCGUCCGUGACGGUCGCCUGUUUCGCAGCCGCAGGAUUUACGUUUGGGACGGUCCCCGGCGCGGUGAUCGCCGCAACUCCUGCCUUAGCAGCGUGUAACACUGCCUUUGGGAUAUGCGAAGCGGCCUGCGUGGCCGCCUUAGUAGCGCCUACAGUAUAAGAAGAGCCCAACAACACCGUACAAGUCGUACCUUUAAUACACUUAUACAGUGUAUAAUAUACACAUAACGUUAUAAAUUCCGAAAAAAAGUAACAACAUAAUGUCAGGAUAUUGUGAAAUUGUUUUGUUUUU